AGAAGAGUGACACAUCCAUGGACACAUCACUAUAACAAUGCGACUUCCUCCGUGCGCAACAAAGUUACACAUAUUGUCUACCUAGGGCUUACGUUGUUCGUUUUUGUUUUGAUUUUUUUAUUGGCAUUUUCUUUGUUCAUGAUUUGAUACUUGACGUCUAGCAUACAACAAGAAGUGGGGAUUUGGCCGCCAUAUCUAUUAGCCUUGGCUACUGGAUCAGCAGAAAUGGACCUGUCCCCUACAGACCCCGAGUCUCUGGUCCAGUUGAAGAGGGUAUCAGUGGUGCUGGUGGACUGCUGUAGAACACAGGAAAAACGAGGGAGGAACAGAGAGAACACAGAUGCAGAACAAUCCAAGAGCCAAAUGGACCUGUCCCCUACAGACCCCGAGUCUCUGGUCCAGUUGAAGAGGGUAUCAGUGGUGCUGGUGGACAGCUGUAGAACACAGGAACAACGAGGGAGGAACAGAGAGAACAACACAGAUGCAGAACAAUCCAAGAGCCAGAUGGACCUGUCCCCUACAGACCCUGAGUCUCUGGUCCAGUUGAAGAGGGUAUCAGUGGUGCUGGUGGACUGCUGCAGAACACAGGAACAACGAGGAAGGAACAGAGAGAACAACACAGAUGCAGAACAAUCCAAGAGCCAGGUGACAGCAUCUCAGGUGUUCACUUGCUCCCUGUGUCCAUGUUCUUACACGGCUCAGCUCUACCUCCACAAGCACAUCAAGAGGAGCCACACGGACGAGUAUGUGCUCCAGCUGAGGUCUGGAGAGAUCAGACCAGAGACUCUGGCACCUUCUAGUUUUACUCUUGGAGGAAGUACCAAAACCCACCAGCGCAUUUACACAGGAGAGAAGCCGUACCCCUGUAGUGACUGUGACAAGAGCUUCAGCCAAUUAAGCAAUCUCAAAACCCACCAGCGCAUUCACGCAGGAGAGAAACCAUACUGCUGCACUUUGUGUGGUAAGACUUUCACUCUGAGUAGUGCUCUCAAAAUACACCAGCGCAUUCACACAGGAGAGAAACCGUACCACUGUAGUGAGUGUGACAAGAGCUUCAGCCAAUUAGGCAAUCUCCAAAUACACCAGCGUAUUCAUGCAGGAGAGAAACCAUAUCGCUGUAGUAAGUGUGGUAAGACUUUCAGACAUUUAUUCUAUAUGCAAGCCCAUCAGCGCAUUCACACUGGAGAGAAACCAUACUGCUGCACUCAGUGUGGUAAGACUUUCAGUCAUCGUAGUGCUCUCAUAAAACACCAGCGCAUUCACACAGGAGAGAGGCCGUACCCCUGUCGUGAGUGUGACAAGAGCUUCAGCCAAUUAGACCAUCUCCAAACCCACCUGCGCACUCACACAGGAGAGAAACCGUACCCCUGUCGUGAGUGUGACAAGAGCUUCAGCCAAUUAAGCAAUCUCAAAACCCACCUGCGCAUUCACGCAGGAGAGAGGAGAGGAGGGAAGCCGUACCCCUGUCGUGAGUGUGACAAGAGCUUCAGCCUGUUGUCCUAUCUCCAAAAACACAGGCGCACUCACACAGGAGAGAAACCGUACUGCUGCACUCUGUGUGGUAAGACUUUCACUAAGAGUAGUACCCUCAGACUACACCAGCGCAUUCACACAGGAGAGAAGCCGUUCCCCUGUAGUGAGUGUGGCAAGAGCUUCAGACAAUUAGUCCAUCUCCAAACACACCAGCGUUUUCACACAGGAGAGAAGCCGUACCACUGUAGUGAGUGUGGCAAGAAAUUUACCGUUAUGUCACACUUAAAACUACACCAGCGUAUUCACACAGGAGAGAAGCCGUGCCACUGUCGUGAGUGUGGCAAGAGCUUCACUGUUGAGUCAGCCUUAAAAUUACAUCUGCGCAUUCACACAGGAGUGAAGCCAUACCACUGCACUCAGUGUGGCAAGAGCUUCAAUAAACAGGAUCAUCUCAAAAAUCACCAGCGCACUCACACAGGAGAGAGGCCAUACCACUGCACUCAGUGUGGCAAGAGCUUCACUCAGAGUGGUGAUCUCAAAAAACACCAGCUCACUCACACAGGAGAGAAGCCAUACCACUGCACUCAGUGUGGGAAGAGCUUCAAUCGAGAGGGAUAUCUCAAAAAACACCAGCGCACUCACACAGGAGAGAGGCCAUACCACUGCACUCAGUGUGGCAAGAGCUUCACUCAGAGUGGUGAUCUCAAACAUCACCAGUUCACUCACACCGGAGAGAGGCCAUACCACUGCACUCAGUGUGGCAAGAGCUUCACUAAUAGUGGUGAUCUCAAAAAACACCAGCGCACUCACACAGGAGAGAAGCCAUACCACUGCACUCAGUGUGGUAAGAGCUUCACUCAGAGUGGUGAUCUCAAAAAACACCAGUUCACUCACACAGGAGAGAAGCCAUACCACUGCACUCAGUGUGGCAAGAGCUUCACUCAGAGUGGUUCUCUCAAAAAACACCAGUUCACUCACACAGGAGAGAAGCCAUACCACUGCACUCAGUGUGGCAAGAGCUUCAAUAAACAGGAUCAUCUCAAACUUCACCAGUGCACUCACACAUGAGAGAGGCCAAACCAGCGCACUGAAUGUGGCAAGGGCUGACUGAGAAUGUCCGAUUGUAGGAGUUCAGAGAGGCUACGAGCUAUGAGGAAGUAAUGCAGUUGGCUGAAUAUGUGAUCAAAUGUUUUUUUUUUUUUUUCAACUGGCGGUCCGCAAACUAUCCCAAGUCGUCCGCGGUAAUAUAUAAUAUAGAGGAGUUGUUUUGUAAUGAAUCAACUUCUAUGUAAAUCCAAACAGUUGCGCAACACCACCAAGGAUGGAAAUGAAAUAUUUCAUCCAUCUGCCACUGUGGCUGGUGGACUCCAAAAUCUACCAGCCACUCAACGUUUUCACCAGCCACUAGAGAUACGGUAUGAAAAUGUGAUAUGAUUAUAGUAACCUAAAUGAUUGUGGUUAUCGUCAUUAUUACGAUACGAUAUGACUGCCCUCCAUGCACAGUAGCAACAAAACUAAAGGUCAACAGAACAGCAUUCAUAUGCCAUAGUGUCAUGAAAGGGCUGUGGCUCCUUCAAGACAAUCAUUUGGCGUGCGUUCUGGAGCUAUGCAACUUGAUAGCCUCCACCAUCUGCUUUUAAUAUGUACAGAGAUCUAGGUUAUAUUUAACAUUUAUUUUCUAUUUGGCCUGUUAUGAAACCAUGCAUGAAUUAAACCUGACCUGUUGUGUCUGAUUUGUUAGAAAACUGUUGAUCCAAAUGAUGAGCUUUUGGUUGACCCCUAGCUCUGCCAAUUUAUCCACCAAUAGGUGGUUAUUAUUAUUAUUAUUUUAAUACCUAUGUAACGCUUAGGGAAUUAUGUACGCAAGGAACUGUAUGACCGAAACAGUGUGAAAUGUGCAAAGUGCCUUAACUGUUUUAAAUGAUUACAUCGUGAGAUAACGAGUCAAUGCAAUAAAUGUUUGUAACCUGUUAAAUUGCAACUGAUCUCUCCUGAUGACUGUAAAAGUGUACGUUGUUAUGUAACGUGUCAAAGUGAUAUGAUUGUUGUCGAAUGUAAACUGUUUGUGUAACUGCUGAAACUGUCUGUAAACCACCAGUACCAAAUGUAACCCGGAGAAGUAAUGUGCGUCUUUUUCAAAGUUGUUGGUUAGAUCUGUGAUUUCUGGAACAUUCUGAAAGCUAGUUACCAUGGGAAGUGUGUGAAAACUAGCUAUUUUGGGAAUUAGGGGGUGGACUUGCCUCAGGAAUGUGUGGGGGAUAGCCUAUAUGUUAUAAAUAGGGGUUGAACUAAAGAACGGGCCUAUUUGCUUUAAGAUGUCGACCAAACUCCACCACACAACCUGUUGCAGGUACCGCACCUUCUGUUCCGACUGUGACAAUCAGCCGACCUUUGUACUAUUUUCAUUUUAUUUACAUUGCAACUUUGUAACCCGCAAGUAGAUAUUGUGCCACAUUUUGUUAACACCUCUAAAGUGCUGAAAAGUAAAGAAUUCAUUUAACUCUCCAAGCAGUAUUUUGUCUCUCUUUGGGUCUUUUACAGUUUCCAAACAGGAGGGUCAGAUAACCGAUCUCUUCUAUGGUUCUUCAUCUGUCUUUUCUAAGACGUGGGUUAGUUGGACGUUAUACUGCGGAACUGUAAUGAAAUCUCCAUUCUUUAAAAACCUAAACAAGAAGUAGUGUUGUCGUGAUACCUAAAUUAUGACUUCGAUACAAUACCUGACAUACAUAUCUCGAUGCUUGAUACUGAAACGAUACCAUGGUGAAAUCCUAAAAUAUCUGGAAAAGAAAGGACGCAGACCUCCUUCAAGUGUAGUGAGUCAUUUGUUAAAUUUGGCGCACUUUUGUAGUGUGCAGGUCAAUUCUGGGUUCUAAACUUCCUACAUAAUUAUUAUUUUUUAUAGUCAGUAAAAAUAGUAGUUUGUGUGUGAUUAAGUCCUUAAUUGUUUGUUAUAGUUCAUUUACAUAGAUUCACAUACAAUUCUUUCACAUAAACAUUCAGGUAUUUGUGGGCGUUUAAGGGCGUUUUUGGGAGGUAACCAGGUAGCAGCUCAUCACAAUCCGUAGAGCGGCGCUUCUGCAACAUGAAUCCCUACAGUGACUCUUUUGAAUCAAAUGUACAAUGAA